AUGGCACCUCGUCUACCGGGUCGACUAUUACAGCCUCCUCCUUUUCUUUGGGCUUCGCAAUCAAUAAAUCGCAGCAAUGUCACGAUCCGGCCGUUCGGCAUCAGGUCGUUAAACCCUCCGAAAACCUCCCGGUUCAAUGUCGGGUCUGAUCUCCCAGUGCUCAAGUCGACGCCAACAGCAGCCCUAGAACGCAAAGCAGACACACUGCCCCCCAGAACUGGAGCCAUCGCUAUCAAGAAAGGGAUGACUGCCCUCUAUGAUGCAGAGACAGGGAAGCGAAUCGCGUGCACCGUCCUUCAGCUGGACCGAGUGGAAGUUAUCUCGCAUAAGACACGACAGCAGCACGGUUACUUUGCUGUCCAAGUUGGUUCUGGUUGGAAACACCCUAGCAAUCUCACCAAGUCACUACUAGGGCACUUCUCUGCUAAUGGUAUCUCCCCGAAACGGCACAUCUUUGAGUUUCGAGUGCGGGAUGAAAAUGGCCUCCCACCUGUUGGUCAGGCAAUCAAUGCGGACUGGUUCCAGGAAGGUCAAUAUGUUGAUGCUCGGUCAAACACAAAGGGAAAGGGAUUUGCUGGUGUGAUGAAAAGACAUGGGUUUGGUGGUCAAGACCGAAGCCAUGGUGUCAGUUUAACACAUCGCUCUCUUGGUUCUGCGGGUCCCAGUCAAGGUGGUGGAUCUAGAGUGUAUCCUGGGAAAAAGAUGGCAGGAAAUAUGGGUAAUGAGCAGAAUACAGUACAGAACCUCAAAAUUCUCAAAGUUGACUCGCAGAAUGGGAUUGUUGUUGUCAAUGGCGCUGUUAGUGGGCCGAAAGGCUGCAUCGUCAGGAUUCAAGAUGCCAUCAAGAAACCAUGGCCCGAAGUCGUAUCUCCCUCUGAACCAGCUCCAUAACCUACUAGAUGGUUGUUUUGCUUCUGAGAAUGUACUAUUACAAUAUAUUGUUUACAAAGCGGCGUCUGUAUAUGAUACAUAAAUGAUAUCCUUUUAUCGUU